AUGGAAGAUACAGUCCAACAGGUGGCAGUUUGGAUGACUGAGCUGGACGUCCUGCAUGAAGGCAUCCUCCGCUUCGUCCACGCACACAAGGCCCUGCGGCGUUUCGGCCAUGCACUGCGAGGACGGGUUCAGGACAAGGCCGCUCUUUAUGCCCGCAGCACGCAAUGCCGGGACAAGGAGAACAUCGACGAAUUCUGGUCUCAUUCCUGGCAGCAGGCUGCCUGGAGAAAGGUUCUCUGCCUUCUGUUCUUGAAGAAUGGCAUCGCUGCUGCGGGAAUUGGUUCCCUCCUGUCCUUGCUCGGCUUCCUGCUAUCCUUCAUGCAGGUCUUGCCUUCGUCCUUCGGCUUUGGUGGAAAUGUGUCUUUCUGGAGUACUGCCUUUGGUGUUGUCGGCUAUCUGGCUGCUCUUGUAAAAUGGCCUCACUCGGACAAGGUGUUCCUCGAUGUAUGCUGCAUACACCAAGGAGACUCACACAUGAAGGCGGAGGGCAUCCUCAGCAUGGGAGGCAUUCUCCGGAGAUCGAACCGCCUGCUGGUGCUUUGGGAUGUGACAUAUGCGGAACGGCUGUGGUGCGUCUUUGAGCUUGCCGCCUUCAUGCGUGCCAGCAGCGGCAGCUGCAAUGUGGUUGUCAGGCCCACACUUCUUGGGACCUGCGCCUUGUCGAUCUUCUGCGCAGUGCUCAUCAUGGUGAUGAUUCUGGCGGUCAUGAUCUCGCACAACCGGGAAGGGCCGGAGUAUUUGGCUGUGAUUGGCCCUCUCCUGCUACUGAUCCUCUUUCCCGCAGCGGCGACCUUCCGAGCCUACUUCCAGAGCGUGGAGACCCUGAGUGAGCAGCUGAAGGAGUUCCGCGUAAACAAGACGAAGUGCCAUUGCUGCAGCGUCAACCAUGUCGACAAGUCUGGCAACGCCAUUCCUUUCUGUGACAGCACUUUGACCGGACAAGCGUGUGGUUGCCAAGGUUCGGUCUUGCACCGUGUGAUCUUCUUGUGA